AUGCCGCGGAAGACGGUGGUACCUCGAAAGGGAAGGCUUGAUCACCACCCAGUCUGUCUUAAACUUCCCCUGGCCAUGAGAGCCGUUCAAUUUGAUGUCAUUAGACCAAAUACCGACUCUUCAAGCACAACCAUCGAAUAUUCGGAAUGUCUCAAUGGUCUCUGCAG